AUGCCAGCUGAAAGCGGUUUCGUUUCUUCGGAUAGCGCUAGCGAGGAGAUAGGUGACCAUAAGGUGAUGACAGAGCUCAAAAAGAAGACUUCCAAUCUGGAAAAUAUGGCGGCAGCGUACAGUUCCAUUAUCUCACAUGUUGGAGAGGAUGUAAAUAGACAAGGACUUUUGAAGACACCAGAACGAGCUGCAAAAGCUAUGCUGUUUUUUACGAAGGGAUAUGAACAGCAGUUAGAUGACAUUCUCAACGAGGCCGUCUUCGAUGAGGAUCACGACGAAAUGGUCAUAGUCAAGGAUAUUGAGAUGUUCUCACUCUGUGAACAUCAUCUUGUUCCCUUUAAUGGCAAAGUACAUAUAGGAUAUCUUCCCAACAAAAAAGUACUCGGCUUAUCAAAACUUGCGCGGAUUGUUGAGAUGUUCAGUCGACGUCUUCAAGUACAAGAACGUCUUACCAAACAAAUAGCGACAGCGAUGGUUCAAGCAGUGCAACCGGCUGGAGUUGCGGUGGUUGUCGAGGCCAGGUAUGGAAAAGAAUUUCUAUCUCUAUGGGGCACUCACUUAUUUUUUGUCAUCCUUUGGGUCUAG